GCAGCUUCAUUUACUAAUCGUCAACAUUACAUUCGUGACAUUCCAGCCGACAGUCAAGUUUUGUUUUCGUACGCUAAUUCUCCAAUUAGAAAAAGUUUAUAUUCUUAUAAGAAAAAUAAAGUGUGUUUUUCAAAAGUUAUACAGAAAUUUUGUUAUUUUAAAUAAUCAGCAGCAUUCACCCAACGCAGAUUUACAAUAACAAAUUGAAAUCUUUCUCAACUUCCGCUUUACCCACACCACACCGCAGUUAACUGAAGUGCUUUUGAUAAAUCGACGUAAAGUAAAAUGUCGCAACCUGUUGCAUUCCUUACACGCAAAGAAACAUUCAGCGCUUGCCAUCGUUUACACAGCCCACAUCUAAGUGACGCCGAAAACGCUGAAGUUUUUGGGAAGUGUAAUCAUAUAAACGGACAUGGGCACAAUUACACCGUGGAGGUAACAGUGCGUGGACCUAUUGACAUACGCACUGGGAUGGUAAUGAAUAUUACUGAAUUGAAGACUGCGUUAGACAGAGUUGUGUUCAAGGAUUUGGAUCAUAAAAAUUUGGACUUAGAUGUAGAUUUCUUCAAAAAAACUCCCAGUACUACGGAAAAUGUUUGUGUUUACAUUUGGGAUAAUGUGCGACAACAUUUGAAACGUCCAGAACUGUUGUACGAAGUAAAAGUCUAUGAAACUGAUAAAAAUUCAGUUAGUUAUCGUGGACCAUACAAUCAUAAUGGCUAUUACCAAGGAAUGCAAAUGAAACGCUCAGCUAAAACUUCUUGCACUAACAUCUCUUCUGAUUCUGACUAAUGCUGCCUGGAGACCACAAGACUCGAAUUGAAUUGUGAAUAUGAAUUUAAUUAAUGUUAGUUAAGGGGAAAUACAACACUAAAAAAUAAAAUUAAAUAAAAUAAAAUGUAGUAUUUUUAUAAUUCCAUUUAAUUUUCUACAAUCGACCUACCUAUCAACAAUGAUUGCCUUUGUUUUGUCGUGUUAGUUCAAUAUAAUUGAUUAUACUCUGCUGUAGCUUCAGUUUCAGAUUCAAUAUUAUUAUAAUUGUAUUACAUAUACUCAAUUUAUAUUCGAUCAAGAUGACCAUUAAUUCAUAUAAUCAAAGAUUGCUGAUCGAUGAUUUUAAUCUACAAUAAUGCGUUGUAAUAUGAACUUCUAGUGUCAUUGAUAUGUGAUUAAGAAAUAUAUGUAAGUAGGUUGAAGAACAUAAGAAUUUCCUUAUUAAUUGAGGAGUUCUUUGUUAGAAAGUAUUUAUUAUUAUGUGCCAUAUUUGAUAACGAAUCUCAUAUCUUCUGUGAAUAGUGCCAUAGGGUUCUAUCCGGCCAAAUGCUGAAAAUACUUUUUUCGAUUAAACCCUACUUGCAGCCGCAAUAGCAACAACAAUAAAAACAAAGCUUAUUAGGAUACCAAAUUAAUCUACACUUUACUUUUACUAUAAAUAAACGUGAAAAGGAACGAGAAAUAAAAUAUGCUUCAUAUACAUAUGUAUACAUAUGUAUAUACAAAUAAAGUCACUCAAUACUCGGUAAAUGGAGGUGUGGACUCAUUUCGACCAAUGGAUCAGAGUUAUCACUUAUUAGAUACUAAUUAAAGUGUGGAACUAAUUACAUACAUUUUUACAAAAUUUUGAUUUCAGUUUGUUUGCGGCGCGAUAACAGCCCGCUUUCAUCCAUAAACAAUUAAAACCUCAGUGUACCAAGAAGCACGUGUGCAAAAACAAAUCGCCACGACAAAUUGAUCAUUUACACCAUGCCAUUGCUUCCAUUAAAAAUACAAUCAACUGGAAUCGUAUGCAAAUUUUGCUGAGUGAUAGUUCAUAUUGAUAGUGGCUUAAGUAGCAAAUAAAAAUUGUAUAACAUUUUAGUGAUAUUAUUUGUUUUAUAUAAACUUACUUUUUUUAUUUUACAUUUAAUUUUUCAAUCACAAACAAUUCUAUUACAGAAACUUGACUAUUUUAAUCAUUGAACUUUCUGCCAAACCAAUAGUAAAAUAUCGGUGUGUACUACAUGUAUGUACAUACAUACAUACGUAAACUGCUUUCGGAAAAUUUUAUAUUUGAAUGUUAGGUCCUUUCAAAUAUUGCUUUUACAUUGUUUUUCAUAUUUUAUUAUUUUUAUUUGCAUUACAUAAUAUUGAAAUAAACAUUUAAAUCCUAAUAGAAAACGCCACGCUAGGGUCAAAACAAAAUAACCAUAAAAACUAGGUUAGAGAACUUGUUACUGUUAUGUAAUACUAAAGUUAAAAAUUCUACCGCCUUUGUUUAAAUUAUUGUGUAAAAAAUAAUAGCUUUUUAUCUUUUGUGGUCUUCGUAUACUAUAGAUAUGUACAUAUACAUAUGUAAAUGAUUCUAUACUCACCUGGUACAGCUUAAACAAGAAAAACGUUAUUCGGUUGCACCGAAGCUAUAAUAUCCUUUACAGCUACGUCUACGUGAUUUUCAUCGUAAAGUUUGUAUGACAGCUAAUAUAUGCUAUAUUAGUUAAAUCUGAACAAUUUUUCCAGAGAUUGCAGCCUUGGAUAAUAAUCAAUGCCAAAUUUUCUGAAGAUAUUUUCUCAAAACUAAAUAUUUUCCCUACAAAGACUGAAUUUGGAUCAUCAGUUUGUAUCGUCAAGAUUGUAACGUUGCCUUGAAAAAAAUCCAUUCCAUUUUUCGUGAAGAUAUCCCGUCAAAUAAAAAAGUUUCCCAUCAACGACUGUACUUGAUCCUUCAGUUUGUAUGGAAGCUUUAUGCAUGGUAGUUCUCCUCUUUGGGAGAAAAGAAGGUUUACAAAAUUUCAGAUCGGCAUCUCAAAAACUGAGAAACUAGUUCGACAGACAUUGAGCGUCUACGGAUAGGGAUGACGUUUGUUUACGGAUGUUUGUCUAAUUUUGUCAGUGUGUUCAGUAAGAUUUGCCGUUGCAUUGUGUCACGUUUCACUUUGGCACAACGCUAGAAAUUUGUUCAAGACGUCGUUUUUGUUGGUAGUUAUUUUAGCUAAAUCGACUCAACGGGGUAUAAAAACACGAAGUAGAAAAUUUGUAUUACGAAAAAAUAUAAUUUUAUUGAAAGUUUCGUUUAUUCUACAUAAAUAGGCGUACAUAGUAGGUUUGAAAUUGCUAAAUUUAAAAUAACCUUUAUAUUACUGUCUGCGAAAUUAAGCAUACAUAAUUUAAAAAACACAUUAGUCCUAGCACUUACGUACCGUUUAAAGAAACAUUAUGUCUAUUUAGAUGAGGUAAUGUAAAUUUCACAAUUAAAUAUUAAUUCAACACAACCUUUGAUUUAUAUACAUAUAU